AUGUUCUCCUUGAUUUUUAUCACCUGGGUCUUGAAUAUUCCCAAAUUUUCCCCUUCCAUUAUCACAACCAAUAUCAGUACAUGCUAUUACAUAACGAGAGAACAUUUUCACCAUGAAGGAGAUGUGGUGAUUGGUGCUUUUUUUCCUAUUCAUACUUAUUACACUACAAAGAAAGUCCCGCAUUCAUUUCUACCAUACUAUUAUAUCGACAAUUAUGUACAGUAUAAUUUUAAGAACUAUCAAUAUAUUUUGUCUCUUGUAUUUGCCAUUGAGGAGAUCAAUGAGAACCCUCAUCUUUUACCAAACAUAUCGCUUGGAUUUGAUUUCUACAAUGUAAGAUUCACUGAGAAAGACAUUCUAAUGAAUAUCUGUAUUUGGCUCACAGCUCAUGGACAGGGAUAUAUUAUACCUAAUUAUAACUGUGAAAAGAAGCAUUUUACUGCUGCACUUACAGGAACAUCAUGGGCAACAUCUGCCCAAACGGGAAUGUUGCUUCAACUCUUUAAAUUUCCACAGCUUUCUUUUGGACCUUAUGAUUCUCUCUUGAGUGAUCGAAGUCAGUAUUCUUCUCUCUACCAGAUGGCUCCCAAGGACACAUCUCUUUCACUUGGCAUUGUAUCUUUGAUUGUUCAUUUUAGGUGGUCUUGGGUUGGUCUCAUCCUCCCAGAUGACCACAGAGGAAAUAAAAUUCUAUCAGAUUUUAGAGAUGAGAUGGAGAGGAAAAGAGUCUGCAUAGCUUUUGUGAAAAUGAUCCCAGUCAUCUGGACUUCAUAUUUUAACAAAUUCUGGGAAAAUAUGGAUGACACAAAUGUUAUAAUUAUUUAUGGUGAUAUUGAUUCUCUAGAAGGCCUAAUGAGAAAUAUUGGGCAAAGUUUAUUGACAUGGAAAAUCUGGGUCAUGAACAUUGAACCUCAUGUAACUGACUAUGCUGAUUAUUUCUUGUUAGACUCAUUCCAUGGGAGCUUAAUUUUUUCUCAUUAUUAUAGAAAAAGUUUUGAGUUUACCAGUUUCAUUCAAACAGUUAAUCCUUACAAAUACCCAGAAGAUAUUUAUCUUCCUAAGUUGUGGCAUUUGUUCUUCAAGUGUUCAUUUUCUGAUAUUGAUUGCCACCUUUUGUACAACUGUCAAGCCAAUGCUUCUUUGGAUCUAUUACCUAGUCACAUAUUUGACAUGGCCAUUAGUGAAGAGAGCAACAUAAUAUACAAGGCCAUUUAUGCUGUGGCUCACAGUCUCCAUGAGAUAAGUCUUCAGCAAGUACAAAAGCAACCAUAUGAAUAUGGGGAGAGUAUCAUAUUCUUCCCCUGGCAGCUUAACAGAUUCUUGAAGGACGUUGAAGUGAGAGAUAACACAAGUUUAUAUAAGAGACAGAAAUUAAAUGCAGAUUAUGACAUUCUUAACAUUUGGAAUUUACCAAAGGGUCUUGGCCUAAAGGUGAAAAUAGGAUCAUUUUCUUCAAAUGCUCCUGAGAGCCAACAGUUGUCCUUAUCUGAGCAGAUGGUACAAUGGCCAGAAGGAUUUUCAGGGAUCCCUCAGUCUAUGUGCAGUGUGAGUUGUAGACCUGGAUUCAGGAAAGUACCUCUGGAAGGCAAGGCUGUCUGCUGCUACAAUUGUACUCCUUGUUCAGACAAUGAGAUUUCUAAUGAUACAGAUAUGGAUCAGUGUGUUAAGUGUCCAGAGACUCAUUAUGCAAAUACUGAUAAGAACCACUGCUUCCCGAAAACUGUCAGCUUUCUGGACUAUGAAGACCCCUUAGGGCUGGCUCUCACAAGUAUCGCUCUAUGCUUAUCUGCGCUAACAGCUUUUGUGAUUGGUGUCUUUGUGAAACACAGAGACACUCCCAUUGUCAAGGCCAAUAAUCGAGCUCUCAGUUACAUUUUGCUUGUCACACUCACAUUCUGUUUCCUCUGCUCUUUGAACUUCAUUGGUCAGCCAAACACAGCCACAUGCAUACUGCAACAGACUACAUUUGGAGUUGCAUUCACUAUGGCUCUUGCCACUGUCUUGGCCAAAGUGGUUACUGUGAUCACUGCAUUCAAGGCCACUUUUCCAGGGAGAAUGAUAAGGUGGCUAAUGAUAUCAAGGGCACCAAACUACAUUAUUCCUAUCUGCACACUGAUCCAAAUUGCUCUUUGUGGAAUCUGGAUGGCAACCUCUCCUCCAUUCAUUGACCAAGAUGCUCAUACUGAACAUGGACACAUCAUCAUUUUUUGCAACAAGGGCUCAGCUUUUGCCUUCCAUUGUGUCCUGGGAUACCUCUGUGUCCUGGCACUAGGGAGUUAUGCCAUGGCAUUCUUGUCUAGAAAUCUGCCUGAUACAUUCAAUGAAUCCAAAUUCUUGUCAUUCAGUAUGCUGGUGUUCUUCUGUGUCUGGGUCACCUUUCUUCCAGUCUACCACAGCACUAAGGGUAAAAUAAUGGUGGCUAUGGAAGUAUUCUCUAUCUUGGCUUCCAGUGCAGCACUUCUUGGUUUCAUAUUUGCUACUAAAUGUUACAUUAUCUUGUUGAGACCAGAAAAGAACUCAUUUAAAUAUAUCAGAGAUAAAACACAUUCUAGAAGAAAUAAAUCUGCUAAAACAUAG